UUUUUUUUUUUUUCCUUUUCUUCCUUCACCUCAGCCUCUUCGUUUGCUCUUUUCGAACCAAACCCCUCCCCUUCCCUUCCCUUCCCUUUACAACAGCCCGGAGCUGUAAUUGAGUUAUCUUUUCCCAAUCUUUUUCUGUCAACUACAGUUCUUGAUUCUACAACAUGCGUCUUUCAUUGGCCGCCAUCGGUCUCCUUACCCUUUUCAACACCCAAUUCGUCGCCAAGGCCGACGUAUUCUCGUGGAGCAACAAAUUGGCCGUGAUCCAUGGUGAUGCACCUGCACCCACUGCCAACGAGGUCUCUGCUAGCUACCUCGCCCCUUUCGCCAACGAACAUGAACCCGAGGUUGACUUCGAACUCGUCGAACACGACGACGAUGAUACCGCCAGCAACCGAUUGUCCGUUCUUCGAAAGCGUGGCGAUGACUGCGGCAAAUACUACUCUGCCAAGCGCGGAGACACCUGCGGCAAGAUCAGCAAGAAGUAUGGUAUCAAGCUUGACCAAUUCUACGACAUGAAUCCCCAGGUCAACCACGCUUGCACCAAUUUGCACACUGGCAAGAAGUACUGUGUGGAAACUGGAUCGACUGCUCCUUCGCACAAGCGCGAUGAAUCAGGCUCGGGCUGCGCAAAGACCCACAAAGUUUCCGGUUCCGAUACUUGUGUCAAGUUGGCCAAGAAGUACGGCAUCUCCGUCAACGAGUUUUACGAUAUGAACCCCCAGGUUCAUCGUGGUUCGUGCGAUAACCUCGACAACGGCAAGCAGUACUGCGUGAAGGCCGGCAGCAGCGGUUCCAAAUUCAGCGGCAAAGUGGCUAGCUUCUCCGAAGACAGCGGCAGCAAGAAGAGCGCUUCCAAGAAAUCGUCGUCCAAGAAGUCGUCUUCCAAGAAGUCGUCCUCCAAGAAAUCUUCCAGCAGCUCUUCCUCCUCCAGCAAGGAAAAGAGAAAGAAACUCCAAAGCAAAGCCGCCUUCACUUACUACUGGAUUGCCCACCCCGAUGACUACAAGGGUGGAAAGUCUGUCGCGGUGAAGACCUGUGGUGGCAAGACCAUUGGCAAGGUUGGCGAAAAAUAUGCUGAUGCACUUGUCAUGGAAGGCACCGGUGUCGUCGGUAACAAGAUUGUCAAUCUCGGUGGUUGCUCCUGCAGCGGCUACAAAUGUUUCGAAGAAGUUGACAAGAAGGAUGAUCCUUACGGUCUCACUGCUUAUGGCAGUGCUUUGCGUCCUUACAUCACCAUUGCUGCUAAUGAUCUCAAGAAGAAUACCAAGAUUUACGUGCCUUCCAUUGUCGGGUGGACUCUUCCCGGCACCAACAAGAAGCACAACGGUUGCCUUUUGGUCGAUGAUCAAAGCUGGAGUUUCUCGAGCCAUCACAUCGAUUUCUACGUCUACUCGAUGAAGCAUUACAAAUCGUUGGAUAAGCAGCAUCGCGUCAACAAGGUCGACAUUUACGAAGGUGGAAGCUGUAAACUUCUGAACUAUCUUUAGAUAUGGACUUCCUUUUUUGUCUAUUGCUUUAAUGAACGACAGAAAUUCGAACCUUUUUUCUUAAUUGAUUUCUUUUUUUGUAUUUUUACCUUGUUUUAGCUACUUCGUUAUCGUUGCUAUCUGCUACAUUAUCCAUUAUAAGAUAUAGUAUACCUUGAAUUCAAUUGGUGAAACAGUGCUUUGAUAUGCUACGAAACUUAAGCUAGCAAGUUUAAUCCAGUGAUGUAUUUGAAAAAGCUGAUUGAAUCUCCUCUUUGUUU